CAGAGAAAGACCCAGUGCACUUUGAAGGAGAGAUUCACCAAUUCUCCUGGAGUUCUGCUGCAGUCCUCUAAGCCUGUACUCACAUACAGAGAACUUGUGGUCGCAACAGGAUUCUUGUGCAAUUGUGUUUCUGUGGGGUGGGGUGAGAGUAUAAAGCACAGAAGCAGAGCAGCUCCACAACUUCGUCUCAGUGGGGAGAGAGCAACAUAAACUGGAGCUGAACAGUCGGAAUCAUGGACUCCUUGAACAAGAAUGACACAUAUCCUGAUGAUAAUUUCACAUUUCCAUUCAUUAUUGAGCCUCUGACUCCUGAGAUUCAGCCGAUCCAGAUAAUGGCUCUGGUCAUGUACAGCCUUGUGGUCCUGCUGGGUGUGCCUGGAAAUGCUCUGGUGGUGUGGGUGACGGGGUUCUGCAUGAGCCGCUCUGUCACUUCCCUCUGGUUCCUCAACCUCGCUCUGGCUGAUCUUCUCUGCUGCCUCUCCAUCCCCCUGCUUAUGGUCCCUCUGGUCCAUGAUGACCACUGGCACUUCGGUCCUCUGGCCUGCAUGCUCGUAAGAGGCCUGUUUUACCUGGUGAUGUACUGCAGCAUCCUGCAGCUGAUUGUAAUCAGUGUGGAUCGUUUGUUGCUGGUCAUCAGACCCAUCUGGUGUCAGAACAACAGGAGACCCAAACAGGCUGCCUAUGGAUGUGUUGCUGUGUGGGUCCUGGCCCUGAUAGGCAGUAUCCCACAAUUUGUGUAUGCCAAGGAGAUUGAGGCAGGUGAUGUAAAGAGAGAGUGCAGGACGGAGUACACUGGACAGAGUACCUGGCCUAUCUCAGUUUUUCGCUUCUUGAUUGGAUUCAUCUUUCCUUUCCUGAUUAUUCUAGUUUGUCACUUGGUGGUUUUCAGCAACACACAGAGGGGAUUGUCACGUGGUCGAACCCGGUCCAAGAAAACACUGAGGGUCAUCAUCGCUGUGGUGCUGAGCUUCUUCUUGUGCUGGCUCCCACUGCACAUUGUGGACUUCCUCAUAUUGACCACCCCUCGGGCUUCCAGCGCAAGUCCCAAACUUCACCUUGCACAUGUUAUAGUGCUCUGUCUGGCUUACUUCAACAGCUGCCUCAACCCUUUACUCUAUGUGUGUCUGGGCCGGAGCUUCAAGGACAGCAUGAACCGCUCCAUGCGCAACAUCCUCCACUUCAUCAGCGAAGACCCGACCACCAAGAUAAGCGUCACUAAUACAGACACCAGGAGCACCACCUAUGGCAAGGAGAUGACAAAAAUAUGAUCUUGGAUUGACUAUAAGACACAUACAGGACAGUUGUAACACACUAUUUUCCAUACUAUUUGCAAAAACAGAUCUGUGUUUACAUUAAAACACAAUGCACACAAAUACUUAGCUUUCAUUUUAUAUUAGCAGAUUUCAGAUUAGUUUUUUUCUGGUGAAGUUAGGUGAUACGUAAAUAUGCUUCAAACAAUGCUUCAUGAUUUCACAUGAGAAGCUGUUACUCAUUCUGCAGUGUUUCCCUAAAAAUUCACAUGUUAUGCAACAAAACUCUUGGCAGUUCUGUUUUUUCUGGUGUUAAAGCAGAGAACCUAUGCAGAAUUUUUUUUUUUUUUAGGAACGCUCUUGAAACAUUUACUUUUUCAUGACGAUUUCUGCCUUUGUAUAUUUUUAUAU